AUGGAUUCAGCAUCCCUCGACAAUGCCACGGCCACAGUCUACAUGAAACAUCACCGACAUGGUCACUGGGUUGCCGAACACAAAGCCCAACGUCUUCUGUCCAUUGUACACUUCGCCUACCCCAUCGUACUGCUCUUCUUCUUCCUCACCACCUUCACCAUCCGCAGCAUCCUGACCGCCAGGACUGACGCAACCGACGACACCAAUUCCGAACCACAAUUGGGUCCCGGCGGCAAGCCUUUACCCAAGAAGAAAGCUCCCACAGACAAUACCAAAAACUUCCUUGAUUUCAGCAGACCUCGCAAGUUGCUCUUCGAGUGGUUGUCCCUAGCAGCCACCCUUACUCUCGCUGGCAAUGCUGUUACUAUAAUAGUUCAUGCCCUCUAUGCGCGCAAGGAAGAAUGGUGGUGUGGCCAAGCCACAGUUGUCUAUGUUGUGGGUGCAUUCAUGGUUUACACUAUGAUCCUCAUCUCCAUUUUCGAUACACAACCCUCUCCCACUUGGGCUCAUGCUUCAACAUGGACUCUGGCUGCCGCAAUGGAAAUCGUCCUGCUCGCUUCCUCGUUUGCCCUAUAUACUCAUGCACACCACGAACCUAAAGCAGGAGACCCAUCAGGCGGUCACCUGGAAAGAGAAAUGACCGAAUGGGAAAUCACUGGCGUCACACUGGAUUUGAUCCGCAUCAUCUUGCUCCUGGCUCUCGUGGCGUUCUACGUUCUUUUCGUCACGCUGCACGCGAGAAGCCAAAGAAAGCAGACUGAUAGCCAGCCCUCUGCGAGCGAAACCACUGGACUUCUUGCUGAAGAUCGAGCUGAAGCUGGUGCCGCUAACGGAUCUGCCAACGGAGCCAACGGAUACGGUGCCACACAGCCAAAUGGACACAACAAACCGAAAAAGGCUGCAGAUGCCCCUGCUGGCUGGGAAAAGCCAACGACAACGCCCUCUAGAAGCUGGUGGGAAUAUAUCAGAGGAUACUCCCUCUUCUUCCCAUAUCUCUGGCCCUCAAAGGAUCGUCGAUUACAAAUAGCCGUCGUCGUUUGUUUCGCCAUCAUGCUUGUACAACGCGGUAUUCAGUUCCUGGUGCCUCUCCAGGCUGGUGUCAUAACUAAUGAACUCGCUGAUGAUGACAAAACUGGCAUGCCAUGGAAAUCCAUUUGUCUCUAUAUUUUCUUUCGCCUCCUGCAGGGUAACAACGGUCUGCUUGGCGCAACCCGAUCCAUCAUUUGGAUCCCGGUUAGCCAAUACUCUUUCCGUGAGCUCUCAGUUGCCUCCUUCGAACAUGUCCAUAGCUUGAGCUUGGAUUUCCAUUUGGGCAAGAAGACUGGCGAGGUUCUAUCUGCUCUAGGUAAAGGUAACGCUAUCAACAACUUUCUGGAAUCAGUCACAUUCCAAGUCAUUCCCAUGCUGGUUGAUUUGUUUGUCGCUAUUGGCUAUUUCAUGAUCAGGUUCGAUGUUUACUAUGCUCUGAUUAUCGCUGUUGUCACCUUCUGGUAUAUCUACUUGACCAUUCGCAUGGCACAAUGGCGUGCCGAGAUCCGCAGGCAGAUGGUGAACUCGGACAGAGAAGUUGAUGCUGUCAAGAAUGACUCUAUGGUCUCAUACGAGACUGUCAAAUACUUCAACGCCGAAGCCUACGAAUUCAACAGAUACCGUGAGGCAGUCGACAAAUAUCAGAAGGCAGAAUAUUCAGUCGUUCUAUCACUGAACUUCAUGAACGUCACACAAAACAUGGUCUUUAUGGUUGGACUGAUGGUCGCAUGUUUCGUUGCUGCUUACCAAGUCACUACUGGUCAACGCAGUGUCGGUGAUUUUGUGACCUUGUUGACCUACAUGGCCCAGCUGCAGGGACCUCUGAACUUCUUUGGCACCUUCUACCGCAUGAUUCAGAGUGCUAUGAUCAACUCCGAGCGUAUGCUUGAGCUGUUCAAAGAGCAGCCAACCGUGGUAGAUGCUCCAGGAGUCACGACUUUGCCUAGUUGCGAAGGUGAUGUGCGCUUCAACGACGUUCACUUCGCCUACGAUUCCCGCAAGCCUGCUCUUCAGGGACUGGACUUCCAAUGCAAGCCAGGUACCACAACUGCCCUGGUCGGAGAAUCAGGCGGCGGCAAGUCGACUGUCUUCCGCCUGCUCUUCCGCUUUUACAACUCCGAGUCUGGCACAAUUCAGAUUGACGGUCAUGAUGUCGCCGAUGUGUCCAUCGACAGUGUUCGCAAACACAUUGGUGUUGUUCCUCAAGAUACAGUCCUCUUCAACGAAACCCUAAUGUAUAACCUCAAGUAUGCCAAUCCUGCAGCUAGCGAUGAGGAUGUCUUUGAAGCCUGCAAAGCAGCAUCGAUCCACGAGAAGAUUCUCUCAUUCCCUGACGGCUACAACACCAAGGUCGGCGAGCGUGGUCUUCGUCUCUCUGGUGGUGAGAAGCAGCGUGUCGCAAUCGCUCGUACCAUCAUAAAGGGUCCUCGUAUCAUUCUGCUCGACGAAGCUACUGCUGCUCUGGACACCGAGACCGAAGAACACAUUCAACAGGCUCUCAUGACCCUUGCUCAAGGCAGAACCAUGCUCGUGAUUGCGCACCGUCUCUCGACCAUCACCAUGGCUGACCAGAUCUGUGUUCUUCAUGAAGGUCGUGUUGCUGAGCGAGGCACACACCAGGAACUGCUAGACAUGAAGGGCAAGUACUACUCGAUGUGGCGCAAGCAAGUCCGCGCUCAGAGAGCAGCUGAAGAAGCAAAGGUUCUCAAGGACAAAGCCGAAAGAUUGCGACGUGAGAGCCGUAGCGGCGAAGUACCACAAGAAGGUGACACUUCGGCUGGCAGCAGUGAAGACGAAAAGGAGAGACAACGCAGCGCACAAAAGUCUCAAAACAUGCAGGCUCCUGUCGAUGCUGGCGAAGCUGCUCCAGAGAUUGCACGACAGCACGAACGACCACAUGGGCACCCCUGA